AUGGGUCCAAGAGUAGUGGUAUUAGGUGCUGGUGUCAUUGGAUUAACUUCUGCUUUAAAAUUACUUGAACAAGGUUAUGAUGUCUCCAUUGUAGGGAGAAACAUCCCAGGUGAUUUAGAUAUCCAUUAUACUUCACCAUUUGCUGGUGCUAAUUGGAGUAGUUUUGCUUCAAAAAGUGAAACUUUUUUACAAGAUUUAGAUAAACCUGGUUAUCUUGAAUUCAUUAGGUUAUCUGAACAAGAAUCUAAUAGUGCUGGUGUUAUUAAAAUUCCUCAUCAUAAAUAUUUUACUAGAGGUGAUUUGAAAAAGAAUGGUGGUGAAGUGACUUAUCCAUGGUAUAAAAAUUUUGUCCAAGGUUUUAGAGAUCUAGAAAAAGAAGAGUUACCUAAAGUUCAAAGUAAUGAUACUGAUGAUGAAAUUGUUGCAGGUCAAGAAUAUUUAUCAGUUACUAUAUCAACAACACUUUAUUUAAACUAUUUACUUCAACGCAUCUUUAGAUUAGGUGGGACUCUUCAAAGAAAACAUGUUUCACAUAUUAAUGAUUCAUAUAAUUUACAUCACACGGGACUACCAGCACAACUAGUUAUAAAUUGUACAGGAUUAUUAUCAAGACUCUUACCAGGUGUUGAAGACCCCCAGGUUUUCCCUAUAAGAGGUCAAAUUCUUUGGGUUAGAAAUAGUGCAUCAAAACAAAUAUCAGUCCCAAUAAAAGGCUUUGUUAAUGAAUCACUUUAUAUAUUCCCAAGAAAAGAAGGUGGUUCCAUUAUUGGUGGAACUUUCCAACCAAAUGAUUGGAAUUCUCAACCAGAUUCUGGAUUAACUAAAAGGAUGGUUUCAAGAGCUAAGAAAUAUUUACCAGAAUUAGUUGAUCCAUCAAUUGGGAAUCCUGAAGAGAUUGAUAUUAUUAGAGAGAAUGUUGGUUUAAGACCUGCUAGAAAUGGUGGUCCUCGUAUUGAAAGAGUUGGUUCUAUAAUUCAUAAUUAUGGGAUUGCUGGGGCUGGUUAUCAAGCUUCUUAUGGAUUAGCUGAGAUUGUUGUUAAAUUGGCAAAUGAAUAUUCUAAUAAAUCAAAGUUAUAA